GGCAGAUUUAGCCAAGGUGGCCCGCUUAUAAAGAACUCGCCAACAUGGGCUUCCCAACGGUUCCGAUAUGGUGCCCGCGCAAGGUAACGAAGGCCGCAAUGUCGUAGAUGUUGACCUAGUCGCCCUACCGUGACUUACAUCGAGACACUUAUUGUCGUCGAAUCCUCGAUGGAACCGAGCGGAAUUUGAGAAAGUGCACGUGGGUCAUUGGAAAAAAAACUAACCGAAAGUCGCACUAGGCCGAACUGAGGUCCUACAUGAAUUGAGUCUCAUAGCAGAGCUCAAAGGCCAGCAUCAUCUUCCUUUUUUCGUCUUCGUCUUCAUUGUCAUCGUCCUUCUCUCCCUCGUGCUUGCCGCUUUGUCUGCCUCUAACUUUGUAGUCUCAUCUGGAUUCGUAUCUCACAUCUUGAGUGUCGUGAAAAGCGCACAUGCCUUGAUUCAAGAUUCUCACGCCCCUCUUACAUUUUGCCGCUUUUGACUAUCUCUAUGAACGUCGCACAUUUCCCGUCUCAUCUUAUGUUGAACCGUAGCUUAUGACCAGGAAAGAUACGACCAAGUCUCCCGAAUGCCGCUAUCCCGAGAAGAUGAAUGGGCACAAACACCGGAUAGACGAUCUUCGGCCGCUCAUAUCCUGACUGCCUUCCGUAACCUGACCUCAACUGGCCGUCUAAAGCCAUCCUCCCAGACCUCCAUUUUGCAACCGACCAUUGCUCCAAGCUCGAACAGCAAUUUCGCAGAGCAAGGGAAUGCCACAAUAAAUCAGGAAACACAGUCUGGAAACGAGCCUUUUCCUACAACCAGCUCUCCGGAGAGCAAUGACGCAGCUUUGGCUGCCAUUCCAUCUAAUGUGGUUGGUCCGCCUUCAGAGCUCACAAAACUUCUGCGGCAGUUGUCACGUAGUCGACCCCAGCCGGAAAGGAUUAACGCAGCUCUCCAGCUCAGGUUAGCACUCCAUCACAACAACGUCGGAAGUCCGCUUGCAAUAUGGACACUUGGGCAAGAUUUAUUAUUACACACCUCGGAUGAGGCUUUAAUGGCCGGCAUGACCUUACUCCUUGGUUGUGCAAGCUCUCGUAAAUUGACCUCGAAUGAGAGACAUAUUUUCUUUGACUCACUUCGCGAGCUAUCUGUCCGGGAUAAUCAUGUGGAUCUACACGUGCAGAUUCUCAAAGCCUUGACUUGCGGCGGCAGAAACAUUGAUUCAGUUGAGCGCGAUGUCUUGUCCGUUGCCGCAAAAACUUUAAAGACGUGCUUUGAUGUCGUUGACGGCGAGCGCCGGGCAAAAAGAACUAAUGGCACAAGCCAAGAAGGCACCUUGAAUGAUAUUUUCCGGCUCAUCAUAUCUGUUAUCAAGUUCAAUGCAAAGAUGCUCUGCGAGGACCAGCUGGAAAUUGUUGUUCGCGCGGUUUAUUCAAUAUGCCAGACAACCACGGCUCCUCGCGAUGUAGACAACUCUAUCGAUGUGGUCGUGGCGUUACUCACCUUCACACAACUUCCUUCCGCAUCCUUUCGAGACUGCCUGGAACUUCUUGCUGAUGUCUACCGUCAAGUCAAACCUCUUCAGAGUCGCUCGUGGGAUGUUGUUGCUGACAUAUUUACUUCGCAUCUUGGGAAUCAAGCGAUCAUCACCUAUCUGGAAAUUGUACAAGAUGGUGGGGUAAACCAUAAGAGAAUGAUCUGUCGAGGGGCGUUUCGCCUUUUAGCUCAUCUUUUGGAAAAAAAUGGUGCGUAUGGAUUGCCGCAGAUUCACAUCGCAACCCUUCUUUCGGCAGCAGAUCAAGGCUUGCAAUAUGAGGACAAAUUCUUGGCCGAGGACAUUUUGAGACACAUUAAGGAGCUUCUAUUUCAAUCUGAUUUGCAAGCUCUACUUCUGGAGGAACCUGAAUGGGAGACGCUUGUUGGUUGCAUUAACAAGUCUGCCGAUAUACUCGCCCUUGACACUUUUCGUGGUCCAUUGCCAUUAACUGACACGCACAAUUUCCGUAGCGAGUCCGCGUCUUGUUGUGAGGGGAUAGGUCAAUCUAGUAACCAGAAUGGGCGGAGGCGCAAAGAAAUUGUAGACGUUGCUGUUGCCUGUCGAAACUUGCAGGACAUCGUCUCAAAGUUGGCAACAAUUUUCAACCGCCUUGACGUUCAGCAGAAGGAUUCGGUCAUUUCUUUGCUUAUACAACUCGGAACACGGCUGAGCAAUACAGCAGCAGAGCUUCUCAUUACCUAUUGUGCGAACGAAGGCCUUAUUCUACCAGUGAGUCCGAGCUGGGAGGAAACAUGUCGGAAACUCGUCGUCAACUUUCUCCACGAUUUCAGUCGGCCUACUUACCUACGCACUUUGGUCAUCGACGUUCUUAAGCAAGCGUGGAGCACCAUUGAGCUGGUGUCGGCUGAUUCUGCAUCCCAACUGGCGAUGGUGAUUCUUCAAAGGAUGGCGAUGGAAAUAGACGGCGUCGUUCUUGAUUCUCUCGCUGACUUUAGUGCUGCGGUCGUAGAACGAGCAGACAUUGAUCUAUUUCUGUCAAUCUUGACAAUAUUUCGUAUCACUGUUUUCCAACGACGAUCAGGACCCCCCAAAGCAGUCAACUUGUUACCCAGCAUUAGCUUUCCUACUGGACUCCCAGCACAGAAUUAUCCCUCAUUAUGCCGAACUGCGGUCAAGCAUGUCAUUCGCAUGUUCAUCCACAAUGUUAACAACUCGGCUCGUAAGACUGAAGCUUUAUUCGCCUUUGUUCUCAAGGUUGCUUCAAGUCAAGAUUGCAGCAUUGAUGCUCGCAUCUGCGCGCUCAAACUUCUGUUUCGGCUACGUGCCUCCAGCAACCAUGCAAUUUAUAUUAAGGCUCUCUCAGAAUCUGAACGAAUAGCUGCAGUCUUGUGCCGUACAGCCGAAAGUGCAACUCCUAUGGAGCACGUGGAUCAAGUAUCAACAAUUGACACACGUGAUGUGGAAGGUGGCUCGGGCAGCAAUGCGUCAAACCAUACGACAAUUAAGCAGAGGAAUGGCGAAGCCAGGAAGCCAGUGCCACCACUGUGGUUUUAUCCUGGCCCAAAAGGGCUUCCUGAAGAACCAACUGGGGAAGCUAGUAUCUUUGUCUAUUCCUACCACGAUUCUACUACGGGAAUGAACCGAGAAGAAACAGUCGUUCUCAAGGUUGCAUACUGGCUGGAAACUGUCAUCAGCUUAUUACAGCAACCCGAUACUGAUUGGGAGAUCUAUUCUUACCUCAUCGUACAUCUUGGAGCACAACUCCUAAAUCGAAGUCUUUUUCGCGAUUGCGUACCGCAGCUUCGGUUGUUAAGGAAUGUCUUGUGCGACCAACUUCGCGCCUCCACUUUCCAUGAACCACCGAAUCAUACGUCUUUGAAGAAGGCAGACGUUGCAGUCUGCCUCUUUCAUAUUUUGACCAUACUCAUCGGGUACCACAAUCACUUCGCACGAAGUGAGGAAGACGAGCUCGUUCGAACCUUUAUACUGGGCAUGGGCUCUUGGGACCGGACCUCCAAAUGGUGCAUCCACGCCCUCUCUGUAUGCUGCCAUGAAUUACCGCUCUCUGUAAGCAAGAUGCUCGACAGUAUUAUACAAAAAAUGUCCCAGAUCAUCACGCAGCAAUAUGUUGCUGUGCACAUCCUUGAGUUCCUGGUCAUGCUUGCACGUCUACCUGAUCUAUACAAAAAUUUUCGCGAGGACGAGUACAAGAUGGUUUUUGGUGUCAGCUUUCGCUACCUACAAUAUGUACGGGAAAAACAAGGGCGGGAUCUCGAAAAGGGAGAUCGUUUAACUUCUGCAAGGCAGAGCAAAAUGCAGAUGCGGCACAGUGAUAGCUUUCGAGAACUCCGUUUACUCGAAGACACCGAUACUAGGUCCAAGGCACGUAGCAACAGCGAGGAUAUCCCUCAGUAUGUCUAUGCAUUGGCCUUUCAUGUCAUCACCUUCUGGUUUAUGAAUUUGCGGCUAGACGACCGACCAAUGUAUAUGCCGUGGAUUGCAAAGAAUUUGACUUACCAGUCAUUAGAUGGAAAAUCUUUCAUCGAAGAUCAAGGCCUUGUGACCAUUGACAUGAUGGAAAAAGUCGCAUACACUGAUCGUGAUGAAACAGCUUAUGAUGAACAUUUUGCUAAGGAAACGGAUGGUGAGGUGACGCAACGCACCUGGAUCGUGGGUUUUAGUCUUUUGACUGUUGCUACCGCUGGCCGUACAGGAGUUUCGCAAAUAACCAGGCGCAGGCCAUCUGGUACCAGAUAUUCUGUGUUCCGACCAUCUCUCACAAGUCCUCCGCGCCACCACGCUCCACUUACUACCGGUCUUGCUGCGGAUGCAUUUUAUUCUUCCUCCUUCACUGGAGUGUUACCGGAGGAUAUCGUGCAGGAAUUCUACUCAUCGUACAGCCUCCUCGAUACCACUUUGCCCAGACCAAUACUCCUCCCUCAGGAUGAUACUGUAACCCGAGCUAUCAGCAACUUUGAUCGCAAUUCUACAGUCGAUGGACAUAAAGUCGGAGUAAUUUACAUCGGCGAAGGACAGAGACUGGAAGCGGCAAUCUUGAGCAACACACACGGUUCUGCUGAUUAUACUGCCUUUAUCAGCAGACUCGGGGUCUUAACACGCCUACGAAACGCCGGGUUCAACACUCAGGGGCUAGACCGUACUGAGGAUUCUGAUGGUCCAUUUACCUAUUGCUGGCGUGAUCGCGCUACAGAGAUUGUGUUUCACAUCACUACAAUGAUGCCGACUAACACCGAUCAUGACCCACAGUGCGUCAAAAAGAAGAGUCACAUUGGCAAUGACUUCGUCAACAUAGUAUGGAACGAGUCAGGGCAGGAUUUUCAGUUUGAUACCUUUCCUUCUGCGUUCAACUAUGUUUAUAUUGUGAUUACACCCGAGUCCCAACCUUCCUUUACGUUUUCAUCAGAUGAAGCACAUCCGCAGGAUCAUUUUUACAAGGUACAAGUCCUAUCUGCGCGUGGUUUUCCGGAGAUAUCACCUGCAGCGGAAUCGAAAUUGCUCAGUGUCAAAGCUUUGCCAGACUUUGUCAGGCUGCUAGCACUCAAUGCAUCAGUGUUCAGCCUUGUCUGGCAAAAUCGUGAAGGUGGAGAACAUUUCUCGCCGUGGCGCAAUCGCCUCAGAGAAAUCAAGCGCUUGAGAGAAAAGUACACGAACUCGGAAGGGCGAUCCUCAUAUACUAAUCCAAGUCCAGCCACAGGCGCAAAAGUCAUUCCACCAUCAACGAUUGAGAAAACGCAUAUUGGGUCACUAAGUGGAGCUGCGCUGAGCUCCCCACUAACAGGUAGAGAGCGCGGAGGAAGCGCCCUCAGCCAUCGAAUUUCGCUAGCUACUUUCUCUGGUAGUGAGGACUUGUGCAGGUCUAGCAUAACCACAAGCUCCACCGACGACCGAGUAGCUCCCGAAUUUGACCAUUGAACAUGUCUCCACUGUGUAGGUUCUCGGUAUCAUGAGUUGAAUGCUUCGGGGCGGCGAUGACGGAGAUUUGGGUUUGUUUUAAAUUUCCGCCCCAACUACGUAGAUACCCCACCCCAUUUUACGAAUGGUAUGGAUGAAAUUGAGAUGAGAUUCUUCCCAAUUGAUUGUGUUGCUGGCAAGGAAUUUACAAAUUCUCAUUUCCCGAACAGUCCUAGUCUACACUAAACAGAAACGUCAUAGUUAUGGGUUCAGUCCCUCAUGUGCAGCCAGCUUGUGAAAAC